AUGACCGAUUUUGAGGAAAGUCGAUACAGUCCUUCAGACCUCGAGAAGGUCGACCCAGACAAGGAGGCUGUCAUCGAGGCUAUCGCCGACUUUGAUGACCCCAACAUCGACAGAGAAGGUGCCAUUGUUGGAGUGCUAGAGGAUGACUCUCCAUACCCUGAAGUACGAUCUGCAGUCGCCAACACUGAUGAUCCGGACAUCCCUGUGGCAAGUCUUCGUGCGUGGGUCAUGGGUUUGGCAUGGGCAAUCCUCAUAGCGGGAUUAAAUCAAUUCUUCUAUUUCCGUUAUCCGUCUGUUACGAUUUCCUCAAUUGUUGCUCAGUUGCUCUCCUUCCCCGUUGGUAGAGCUUGGGCAAAAGUUAUGCCUAAUGUCAAAAUCUUUGGAAUAAAGGUUAAUCCAGGACCAUUUACGAUUAAAGAGCACGUACUUGUAACGAUCAUGGCCACCGUGGGCUCACAAUCAGCGUACGCAACGGAUAUUGUUGCUGUUCAACGCGUCUACUACAACCAGACAUACAACUUUUCAUACCAGUGGAUGCUCGUAAUGUCCACUCAGCUGAUUGGUUUCUCUAUCGGUGGUAUCUUACGAAGAUUCUUAGUUCAACCUCCAUCAAUGAUUUGGCCAACUAAUCUUGUGACCUGCGCUCUUUUCAACACGCUUCACGCACAGACGUACGCCGGAAUGGGUACCCGGAGCGGUAUCUCCCGCGAGCGUUUCUUCUUUACUGCAUUUGCGUGUGGUGUUCUGUGGUACUUCGUCCCAGGCUACCUCUUCCAAGCACUCUCAUACUUUUCAUGGGUUUGCUGGAUUGCGCCAGACAAUAUUGUUGUCAACCAAAUGUUUGGGUAUGUGAGUGGGAUGGGGAUGAGCUUGAUAACUUUUGAUUGGAAUCAAAUCACCUAUAUCGGGAGUCCGCUUGCUACGCCGUGGUGGGCUGAGGCUAAUGUUGCGUUUGGUUUUGUGUUCUUUUUCUGGUUCGUCGUUCCCGUGUUGUAUUACACUAACACAUGGGAUAGCAAAUAUAUGCCAAUCUCUUCACGUACGUCGUACGAUAACACUGGCCAGGCAUAUAAUAUCACCAGGAUCCUCACCCCCGAAUCUACGCUCAAUCUCACUGCUUAUCAGGAAUACAGCCCUUUGUUCUUGUCAACGACGUUCGCCAUGUCUUAUGGUCUGUCCUUUGCAUCCAUCACUGCCACGCUUAUGCACGCCUUCCUCUUCUUCCGAAAGCAAAUAUGGGUGCAGAGCAGACGCUCGAUGCAUGAGCAGCCGGAUAUCCACGCGAGGUUGAUGUCCAAGUAUAGGCAAGUACCGGAGUGGUGGUACAUGAUCAUCUUCGUGAUUAUGUUUGUCAUCGGUGUGAUUGCGAUUGAAGUUUGGCACACGGAGUUCCCUGUUUGGGCGUUCGUCCUUUCCCUCUUCAUUGCAUUCUUCUAUGUCAUUCCUAUUGGAAUGAUUCAAGCCAUAACGAAUCAGCAAGUUGGGCUUAAUGUCAUCACCGAAUUGAUCGUCGGAUACGCUCUUCCCGGUCGACCGAUCGCUAUGAUGAUGUUUAAGACAUGGGGUUAUAUCACGAUGUAUCAAGCCCUCACGUUCACCUCUGACUUCAAACUCGGUCACUACAUGAAGAUUCCUCCUCGAACGAUGUUCUGGGGCCAAGUCGUUGCUACUCUCAUUGCAGGGACCGUCCAAUUAGGCGUGCAAGCCUGGAUGUUUACCAAUAUCGAGGAUAUGUGCAGCACUACUCAAAAGGAUGGGUUUAUUUGCCCGAACACGGAAGUAUUUGGUACUGCGAGCUUCAUUUGGGGAGUGAUUGGGCCCAUGAGACAGUUCUCGUCAGGACAGACAUACAAUGUCCUUUUAUACUUCUUCCUCAUUGGUACCUUCUGCCCCGUCGCCGCUUGGCUGGUUUCGCUCAAGUGGCCGAACAGCUUCAUUCGCUAUGUCAACUUCCCUGUCAUUUUCAGCGGCAUAGGAUAUAUUCCUCCUGCUAGCGCUCUGAACUAUGUGCCUUGGGCGAUAGUCGGAUUUAUCUUCCAAUUCAUUAUCCGAAGGAGACAUUUCUCAUGGUGGGCCAAGUAUAACUACGUCCUUUCCGCAGCCAUGGACUCAGGAGUGGCAGUCUCUAUAAUAUUGAUAUUCUUCUGCCUCCAAUACCCUCAGAAUGGGACGAUAGGAGAGGGCGUGCAGAAGUGGUGGGGGAACAAUGUAUUCUUGAACACGGCGGACGGACAAUCCAAGUCAUUGCUGACGGUUGAACCUGGCAUGACAUUUGGGUGA